ACCUCUGGUUUGCAUUGCUGGGGAGCGUGGUCGGAUGGAGUGUGCUGAUAUGGGUUCUGCAGAUGGCGUGGCGGUGGAUGACAGGAGGUCGUGGUGUUAGGUUCAACACCGCACUCCUUUACGGCUGGGGCGCCCUUCUGGAGCAGCCUCCUCUCGACCCCUCCGUUAGCGUAUCAGGCCAGAUGUUGGUUGGGUGGUGGCUGGUGUUUUGUCUGGUCAUCGCUACAGGGUACCGUUCUUCACUGAUUGCUCACUUGACGGUCCAGGGGAGAUCACCAACCCUAGACAAUUACCAAGAUCUGGUGUCUCAGGGAAACUGGCGAUGGGCCACUGAGCCUUGGCUGUACAAGGGGGCAGCUUAUGAAUAUUUUGCCAAGCACACCGAUCCCAUAGUGAAGCAGAUAUUCAAAGGGAUGGAGGUGAUGGUAGCCGAAGAAGCAUUGCAGAAGGUGUUAGCAGGAGGGUUCUCCCUGAUCGACUUCCAGAAUUAUAUUAACAUCAUCAUCGCCUCCCGCUACACCGACAACAACCCCUUCUACGUCAGUAAUAACGGGAUCUACGUCUUAGGUGCUUUUGGCUGGAGUUUUAGGAAGGGUGCGCCAUUUUACGGACGCUUUCGUCAGAUGAUAUCUCAGAUGGAUGCUGCUGGUGUAAUCAGUCACUGGAGAGGUGUAGUAACAGCCAAGCGAGUCAGGGAAAAUAGGAAGGCCACACGAGUAGACUCCAAGACAACCAUGAGAGGUCAAGCAGAGGAGGACAAAACCCAGGUUGUGCUGGGGCUGCACCAUCUUCAAGGCGUCUUUUACUUGUUGUUUUUGGGUACCAGCAUCGCCUUCCUCACUUUCCUUGGAGAGAGAGGCUCACCCCACCUCCGCUCCUCUCCUCAGCAACGAUCAUCCUAGGAGACAUAACACAGGAUACUUAAUAUUAGCUCAAUGAGAGAGUUUAUUGUAAUUUUAUUCAGUAAAUAUUUGAUUUGCCGCUUAAGUUGUUUAAAACAGUAAAAAAAAUUAAAUAUAACAGGUGACAAAUAGGUAUUUUGUAACAUUGUGAAUUACUUAAAAUUAUAAUAAUUGUAAAUUAU